AUGGAACAUCUCUGUCGUUUCCUACGAAUUAAAUUAUUUAGCAGUGAAGAGCAUAAAAUUCCAACAACCAUUCCAAUAAUUGAUGAGAUAUUGACACAUCUGCAAAAGCCCAACGAUAUCAGACUUCCCCACAAUUUAGCUGAUUUUAUAGAUCAGGUAUUUGAAUGGAUUCAAUGGUUUGAUGGUUUCAUCAGUACAUUUCAACCUAUUAUUGCUUGGUUAAAAAUUUAUGAAGUAGUUGAUAUGGAUUUUUUGUUAAUUAGUCUGAAAGAACUCGAAGAAAAUGAUAUGGAAUUGGUGUUUGUGAAAAGUUUGGUUAAAAAUCUUCUAGAUAAACUCAUACCGCUAUCAAGUCAUUUACAACGUUUAUGUCGAUUGCUUAGCUGUCCAACAUCAUUCACAAUAACAAAUCAAGAUGCAAUUAAUUUAAACAGAAAUGCUCAAGAAUUUAUCAGAGAAAUAAAACAAUCAUCAUCAGUCAAUACAUUUGAGGUCGGUCAAAAGUCUAUUGGUGAGAAACUGAUUAAAAUCAGUGGUAGACAAUUAAUACAAUGGUCAUUAGCAUGCAAAAAUUACCCUUGUAUUAUUUCGUGUUUUGAUGAACAUUAUAAUGAGCCACGACAAAUAACAACAAAAGAUGUAGCUAGUCUAUUAAGCAAAGGUGUAUUUAAAUUUAUUGAUAAAUUAUUAAUUGGUGAUGUUAGUUUAACUGAAAUGUUAAAUUCAAAAACAACAUUUUCUAAUGAUAGUAUUGAUAUAAAAGAUGAAGUUACAAAAUUAUAUUUAUCUCAAGGGAGUGAUAGUAAAAAUCUAAAAAGACAAAUCGAAAAAAUAUGUGAAUGGUUACAGAUAUAUCAAUAUUUUAGUUUUAUAUCAACAAUUAUUGACUGUAUUAAAUCUUUUGAAAUUAUUGAUGAUAAUAAUCAAUCAAUAACACAACUAGAAAUUCUUAGUAAUAUCGAAGACAAACAUUUAAAACAUAUUUCAGAAUCAAAUGAAACAUCAAAAAUUAUAUUCAACGGAUUAGAUAACAGACAUUUACAAUUAAAUAAAAAGUAA